GCCAUUCAUUACCUUUGAAACAAGCUGAGUUAAAGGAAUACCUUCACAAAGAAGUUGGGAAUAUUACACAUGUUGUUUAGUGUUCCUCUCUCAUGCCAUUGUCAAAUAUCUGACAGGAAACCAAUAAUUUCCAGGCUAUCACCCACCAAAAAGAAAAGGGAAAGCAACAAAAGGGGUCCCUUUUUAGUGCUUUUAUCACAUCAAGAAACAGUUUCAAGUAAACCUGCAUUGUUUUCAAGUUUGUCUUUGUAAUAUUCAGGUAAAACAAACCAAGCUGAUCACAGUAAAUAAUGGCAGCAAACCAGAACCUUAGAGAUCUUCAAUGGCUACUGCAAGCCAUCAAAUCUGAAAGCCUGAAUCUACAGAACAUUUCCUUUUACCUUUCUCAAACAGCUUCGGGUUGUUACCAAGAAACAGAAAAUUCCUUGACUGUAAACAUUUCCAAGGACAACCUUUCCUCCUUCUCCCAAAUCUUAUCAGACUUAGGCACAGCUAAGUACAUUCAAUCUUCUUUAACAAAUCUUGAGUUUCACCGUUCCGAUUGGGGAGUGGAACAAGUAGUAUAUCUUGGAAUACUGCUCCAGAGUUGUUCAAACAUAAAGCAGCUUGUGUUCCGACGAAACAGAUUCAACACAGAAUGUUUAAGUGAGCUUUGUGAGAUUCUGAAGAGAAAUGCAGUGAUCAAAGAAGUUAUGUUUUGUGAAUCAGGUAUAGGGUCUGUUGGAGCUGGCCUUCUAGCUGCUGCUCUUAAGGUAAAUGAGAGCUUGGAAGAAUUGCAGAUAUGGGAAGACUCAAUUGGAUCAAAAGGCGCAGAGGAGAUCUCGGAAAUGAUUGAAGUAAACUCAACACUGAAGCUUUUGACAAUUUUUGAUUCACAUUCUAUUACAGCGACUCCCGUUAUAUCAGCUGUUUUAGCAAGGAAUAGGACAAUGGAGGUUCAUGUUUGGAAUGGAGAAAAUGGAGAGAAAAGUUCUAAAGUGGUGGAGUUCAUACCUGAAAGCAGCACACUCAGGAUUUAUAGACUAGACAUUUCAGGUUCUUGUAGGGUUGCUUGCUCUCUGGGAUGGAACUCAACUGUAAAGUCACUAGACAUGACUGGAAUCCGUCUUAAGUCGCGGUGGGCUAAAGAGUUUCGCUCAGUUUUGGAACAGAAUCGAAGCCUCAAAGAGGUAAGAUUGUCGAAAACGUGCCUUAAGGACAAGGGAGUUGUGUAUGUUGCAGCUGGACUUUUCAAGAACCAGAGUUUGGAAAGCUUAUAUCUUGAUGGAAACUGGUUUAGUGGGACAGGUGUAGAACAUUUGCUAUGCCCUUUGAGUAGGUUCUCUGCCUUGCAAUUCCAAGCGAAUAUUACACUCAAGUCUGUAACUUUUGGAGGAGGAAGAACAAAAAUUGGAAGGGAUGGUCUUGCAGCAAUCAUACAGAUGCUGACAACAAAUGAAACACUGACAAAGUUGGGAAUAUGCGACGAUGAGAGUUUGAGACCAGGCGAUUUCGUUAAAAUCUUCAGGAGCUUAGAAAAGAAUGCCAGUUUGAGACACUUGUCUUUGCAAGGUUGUAGAGGAGUUCGAGGAGAUAUUGUGCUAAAGACAAUAAUGGACACAUUGCAGGUGAAUCCUUGGAUUGAAGACAUUGAUCUUGCAAGAACACCGCUGCAUAAUUUAGGAAAAACAGAUGAAAUUUAUCAAAGAUUAGGCCAGAAUGGAAAGACUGAACCAGAAGCAGAAACAGAUUUGCUCAAGGACAUGCCACUUACUGAGCCAAAGAGCUGCAGAGUCUUCUUUUGUGGACAAGAAUAUGCAGGCAAGACUGCACUUUGUAAUUCUAUAUCGCAGAACUUCUCCUCUUCAAAGCUUCCUUACAUGGAUCAAGUGAGAACUCUAGUGAACCCAGUUGAACAAGCUGUCAGAACAAGUGGAAUGAAGAUAAAGAAUUUCAAAGAUGAAGACACAAAGAUAUCGAUAUGGAAUCUUGCAGGCCAGCAUGAGUUUUACUCUCUCCAUGAUCUCAUGUUUCCGGGACAUGGUAGUGCAUCAUUUUUCCUGAUCAUAUCCAGUUUGUUUAGAAAGCCUAGUAACCGAGAACCAAAGACACCAGAAGAGAUAGAAGAGGACCUACAAUAUUGGCUCAGAUACAUUGUUUCCAACUCGCGAAGAGCAAUCCAACAAUGUAUGUUACCUAAUGUAACUAUAGUCCUCACACAUUGCGACAAAAUCAAUCAACCAUCACCAAACCUGCAGCUUAUAGUGACAUCAAUACAGAGAGUAAGAGACAAGUUCCAAGGUUUUGUUGACUUGUACCAAACUGUAUUCACAGUUGAUGCAAGAUCCUCUGCAUCAGUCAGUAAACUCGCGCAUCAUCUUCGGAAGACAAGCAAGACGAUUCUCCAGAGAGUGCCUCGAGUUUAUCAGCUGUGCAAUGAUCUAAUUCAAAUUUUAUCAGACUGGAGAGUAGAGAACUAUAACAAGCCUGCAAUGAAAUGGAAAGAAUUCGGCGAACUUUGCCAAGUGAAGGUUCCGCCAUUGAGAAUCCGUUCCAGGCAUGACAAUAAAGAAAAGGUGGAAAUGAGGAGGAGGGCUGUUGCUAGUUGUCUUCAUCAUAUAGGCGAAUUGAUUUAUUUCGAUGAAUUAGGAUUCUUGAUCUUGGACUGUGAGUGGUUCUGUAGUGAAGUGCUUAGCCAACUAAUAAAAUUGGAUGUUAGAAAGCAAAGCUCUAUGGAAAACAGCGUAUUCAUUAGCAGAAAAGAAUUGGAGAGGAUUCUAAAAGGAAGUUUACAAAGUCAGAUUCCUGGAAUGAGUUCGAAGGUAUUUGAAAACUUAGAGGCUAGUGAUCUUGUGAGAAUGAUGCUGAAACUAGAACUAUGUUAUGACCAAGAUCCAUCGGUUCCAAAUUCUCUCCUACUAAUUCCUUCAAUUCUUGAGGAAGGCAGAGGGAGACCACAGAGAUGGCAGUUAAGUACACCUGACUGCAUUUAUGCUGGUAGGCAUCUCGAAUGUGAUGAUUCAAACCACAUGUUUCUCACGCCAGGCUUCUUUCCUCGUUUGCAGGUUCAUCUUCAUAAUAGAAUCAUGGCAUUAAAGAACCAACAUGGAGCAACCUACACCUACAAUCUUGAAAAAUAUCUCAUCGCAAUAAACAUCAAUGGUAUCUACGUCAGGGUAGAACUUGGAGGACAGUUGGGAUACUACAUUGAUGUCCUUGCUUGUUCCAGUAAGAACUUAACAGAAACCCUUAGGCUCAUUCAGCAGCUCAUAAUUCCUGCAAUCCAAAGUCUCUGCCAUGGUGUCACCUUGACAGAAAGCAUCAUAAGGCCUGAAUGUGUGCAAAAUUUGACACCUCCUAGGUACAGGAAAACACAAAAUGUGUCUGUGCAGCAACUGAAACAGGCACUGAACUCAGUUCCUGCUGAUGGCCUGUAUGAUUAUCAGCACACUUGGGGUCCAGUUUUGGACUCUGGCAGACCUAUUCUAAGAGCUGGAUUUGAUCUUGCCAGAGACCUCUUAUCAGAUGAUGACUUCCGGGAAGUAUUGCACCGACGAUAUAAUGACUUGUAUAAUCUUGCAAUGGAAUUGGAAAUCCCACCAGAGAGAAAUCCAAAUGGAACGGAUCAGCUAGGGAAUGAACUUGACAACGUUGAUCCAAGCUUUGCCGGAAUUGCAAAGGGAGUGGAACAAGUACUGCAGAGACUCAAGAUUAUCGAACAAGAAAUAAGAGACUUGAAGCAAGAGAUACAAGGGUUGAGAUAUUACGAACACAGACUCCUCAUUGAACUUCAUCGCAAAGUGAACUACCUUGUGAACUACAAUGUCCAACUGGAAGACAGGAAAGUACCUAACAUGUUCUUUUUUGUUAGAACAGAAAACUACUCGAGAAGAUUGGUCACCAACAUGAUUUCUGGCAUGACAGCACUUCGAAUGCACAUGUUAUGUGAAUACAGGCGAGAAAUGCAUGUUAUAGAAGAUCAGAUUGGUUGCGAGAUAAUGCAGGUGGACAACAGGGCAGUGCAAUGUUUAGCUCCAUACAUGAAAAAAUUCAUGAAAUUAGUUACAUUUGCUCUCAAGAUAGGAGCCCAUCUGGUGGCAGGAAUGGGAGAAAUGAUACCAGAUUUGAGCAGAGAAGUAGCUCAUUUGACUGGAUCUUCCCUAAUGUAUGGAGCAGCAGGAGCAGUUGCUGCUGGGGCUGUGGGGGUUGCUGCGGUUGGACGAAUGGAGGGGUUCAGGAACAGAGGUAGGAAUGCAGAUAGCUCAAGAGACAUUCAGCAAGAACUAAGAGCAGCACAACAGUGGGUAGUGGAUUUCCUAAGGGAUCGCAGGUGUUCAACAGGGAAGGAUAUCGCGGAGAAAUUUGGAUUAUGGAGAGUAAGAUACAGGGACGAUGGACAGAUUGCAUGGGUUUGCAGGAGGCAUAUGAGUAUAAGAGCAAAUGAAAUAAUGGAAGUACCAAUAUGAAUUAUGUUUGUUCCCAGUUCAAAUCUUAAUAAUCUUUUAUUUUCUUCAUUACUAUUUUUCUAACUAGUGCAGUAUGCCAUUCUCUUUUAUGGGACAGGAACAAUCUCCUUCCUCCCAGUUAUAAUAUUUUCUUGUAAUGCUC